CUCUCCGUACGACUGAGAAAACGUCGUUUAUUAAAAACAAGAGGCGGUGGAAACUGUGAAGAAUCAAAAUCCAGUUUACCUUUUUUUUAUUUGUGCUAAAAUCAAAAUCCUAUAUGUUACGCAGUUGACGAAUAGAGAGAGCAAUCCAAUUCACAGAGGAUGGUGUUAGGGUUAUUUGGAUCACAAACGCAAAGAAUCUAUAACUCAUAGAGCCAAACCAAUUGAAAAAUGGGAGGAGGCGAAGAUUCUGAACGCGAUAAAGAUGAUAAAUGGAAACCUCCGUCGCAGAAAGCGGAUUUAAAGCUUUGGGGAAUCCUCACGUUUACUGUAAUCGGCGCAACCGCCACCACUUUCGCCGUUCAUCAGCUGCGAAGAACUUUUGAUUGGGUCUAUACCCAGGUAGGUAGAUCACAGUCCGCACGGAGGGGAACCAGAGGCGGUUCUUUCCGAACAGCUUUUCAAGAAGAGGCAUGGAAAAGGUACAACAAACGGAUGCAAGAGGAGUAUGAGGAAGAGCUUGAGAGAGUGGAACGUAUAAGGCGUAUGCAAAGCGUUUUCAACAGAGAGAGGAAUAAAUUUCGUAGAGGCUUCGAGAACUGGAAAGAAAGUGAUCCUAGUGCCCACCAAUACCAUCAGCAGUUUCAGCGAAAUGAUUGGUACUGGAAAACUGAGUCUACGUUCAGAAACCAAAGAACCAAUCACCAGGAGCCUCCAAAGCAGCGUAGAGUCUAUCCAUUAUCACACCAUUACUCGGUUUUAGGACUCAGCAGGUCCAGGGCAACUCCUUACACAGAAGCUGAGAUUAAGAAAGCCUUCAGGGAAAAGGCGAUGGAAUUCCAUCCGGACCAAAACCUGGAUAACAAAGAUGUAGCUGAAGCAAAAUUCAAAGAGGUGUUACUCUCAUAUGAAGCUAUCAAAGAGGAAAGAAAAGAGAUGGUGGUGUGAUUCUUUUUUUCCAUACCGUCUACGAAUGUUGAUAUAUGAAACAGGUUUCCUCUGGUGUCUUUGCAUUAUAGGUUAAGUUAAUGGUCUCCUGGUUUGUUUGUUUUUUGUUUCUUAACUCAAUUAUUAUUAUUCCUUGUUGUAAUCUAUAACCCAAUCCCAGGUUAAAUAAGUUAAAAACAGCAAAAUUAUAAAGAGAAGAGAAAUUUGGGACA